AUGUACAUCAUCGCCCCCCUCUCCAACUGCGCCUCCCCGCCAAAACGGGACAGGUUCCUCGAAUACAUAUCCAAGAUCGCCCCAAUUACGCACACCCACGAGCCCAAGUGCCACGCAUACGCCUGGUUCCGCAGCGCCGAGGACAACGACGCCGUCCCGCACCACUGGGUUAGGGGUUUUGAAGUAUACGAGGAUAUCGAGGCCAACACGGUAACCCACCGCGCGAGCACCGAGUACAAGGCCUUCCGCGCAGCCGUGGCGGAGGAGGGCCUGCUCGCGCGGCCCAGCGACCUUCGCUACUGGCGACCGUUGUCGGGAUUCCUCACGCGUAAUAUUCAGGAGGCGGCGGCUUCAAAGACACAGUCACAGACGCUGCGAAGAAGGGAUCCGUUCUGCGGCAGCUGGAAGGGGUCGUGAGAGAGGCGGAACAAGAUAGCAGUGUGCUAAGCUUUUGGGUCCUGCAUCGAGGAGAAGGGGAUGAGGAUGAGAGACUGUUGGUCUUUAUAAGGUGUGAAAGCAAGGAUACCUGGGCUGGAUUAAUGGCCCGGGAUGCUGUUACAAAGCCGUGGGAGAUGAUGAAGGGCAUGUUAGAUAGCCAUAUGAGGACUACCUGGGUUGAAUGUCUGGGAUUUCUAGGU